AUGGAUUUCCUUCAUAGGAAUGGAGUGCUCAUUAUUCAGCAUUUGCAGAAGGACUACCGAGCUUACUACAAUUUUCUAAAUUUUAUGUCCAGUGUUGGAGACCCCCGGAAUAUCUUUUCUAUUUAUUUUCCUCUUUGGUUUCAACUUAAUCAGACAGUUGGAACCAAGAUGAUAUGGGUAGCAGUCGUUGGGGAUUGGUUCAAUCUUAUUUUUAAAUGGAUAUUAUUUGGUCAUCGGCCUUACUGGUGGGUCCAAGAAACUCAGAUUUACCCAAAUCACUCAAGUCCAUGCCUUGAACAGUUCCCCACUACAUGCGAAACAGGUCCAGGAAGUCCCUCUGGCCAUGCAAUGGGCUCAUCAUGCGUCUGGUAUGUCAUGGUAACGGCUGCCCUGAGCCACACUGUCAGUCAGGGGGAUAAGUCAUCGACCACUCUGCACAGACUGACCUGGUCAUUUCUUUGGAGUCUUUUUUGGUUGAUUCAAAUCAGUGUCUGCAUCUCCAGAGUAUUCAUAGCAACACAUUUUCCUCAUCAAGUUAUUCUUGGAGUGAUUGGUGGCAUGCUUGUGGCAGAGGCCUUUGAACACACUCCAGGCAUCCAAACAGCCAGCCUGAGCACAUACUUGAAGACCAACCUCUUCCUUUUCCUGUUUGCACUCGGCUUUUACCUGCUUCUCAGACUGCUUGACAUUGACCUGCUGUGGUCUGUGCCCAUAGCCAAGAAGUGGUGUGCCAACCCCGACUGGAUCCACAUUGACACCACACCUUUUGCUGGACUUGUGAGAAACCUUGGGGUCCUCUUUGGCUUGGGCUUUGCCAUCAACUCAGAGAUGUUCCUUCAGAGCUGCCGAGGGGAAAACCGCUACAAGCUGAGCUUCCGGCUGCUCUGCGCAGCGGCCUCACUGACCAUACUGCAGCUCUACCAUUUCAUCAAGAUACCCACUCACUCGGAGCAUUUAUUUUAUGUGCUGUCGUUCUGUAAAAGUGCCUGCAUCCCACUCGCUGUGGUUGCUGUCAUUCCCUAUUGUAUUCAUAUGUUAAUGAAACCAAGUGAAAAGAAGAUUAAUUAG